AUGGACAUCCAAUCACUAGGAUUAAAGGUGCCCACAGACCUAAGACGCUGCAGCUGGUGUGGGGAGGCGGAGAAGCCAUCGCAGAAGCUGAAGAAAUGUGCCGCCUGCGAGUACGUCAUGUACUGCAGCAAACAAUGCCAGAAGUCAGCCUGGUCAGACCACAGGGGAUCGUGUCAGUACAUGUCACAGGGCGCGAAAAAUAUGGAUCCCAAGUCCGAAGCAGAACUACACCCUUUCGGCUUCGCCAAUUUUGUCGCCUUUUCUCGGGCAAUCAACGACUGGAUGGAGGCGCACAUGUGGGCCCUUCAGACGAGCGCUCAGGUGUAUAUCCUCAUGCUCGGCGGCGUCAAAUUCCUCAAGAUCCCUCCCAUCUACAUGACGCACUUCGACGUAGUCUGCCAUACCACCCCAGGCCUGACGCCCGCCGAGCGCAACCCGGCACUCGCGUUCUCGGUCCGGACGCAAGACGUCAUAAACAUCGCCGAGUGGAUCGCCUUCGACCCAGCCAACGCGGACUACUGGCGUGGUACCGACCCCGAGCGCGAGCAGCUUGCCCAGUUGAUGGAGCAGCGCAUUGGCAGCGCGUUCGCAUGCGUCAUGUGCGCCCUCUUCAAGUGCGAACGCAUCACGAUGGCAAACACGCUGAACUUCCCGAUCCUGCACGUACGGAAACGGCUGCCGCUAGACAAAGCGUCGAUGGACAUCUUGGAGGAUGUCCUGGUGCUCUGCCGCGGGACAAUCAACAGCGGCUUCCCGCUCCGCUCUCUGGAGGGUGGGGACUCGGCGAUUCCCCUCCCGGGGCGGUUCGCGCGGAAAGCGGGGAGGUGGACCUGGGAGCCGCUCUUCGCGGACUGGGACGAGUACUCGCCGACGAGCAAAGAGUAUGAAGGCCUGCACGUCGCCCUCGGCGGGGACCGGAAGACUCAGCUCUCCCCGAAGCAGCUACUGAGCGCCCUUCUCGCGUUAUGAUAAUUCCACCACAGUACUUACAAGCUACAGCCCGUACAGUCUUUCCACAUUCC